AUAUUUCAUUUGUAAGUAUUAACUCGUUCAGUUUAGUCUUACUGAACUGAAUAAGUUUUUUUUUCUAUACGAAUUGAAAAAUUUGCAUCGACGUACCGCUCGUUCCUCUUCUAUAUUGGAGAAAAAAUAAUUUUUCACAAGUGAUAAAGGUGGAAGCUACUUCAAGAUGCAGGCCGGCGACUCUUCACACGUUCGCAAUAGUGGACAAAAAUCCGUGACAAACAUCGAUAAACUUCAGUUAUUAAUAUGGAAGAAUUUUUUAAUUCAAUGUCGUCACUAUAUCAGAACAAUUAUAGAAAUUAUGCUGUUUGCUCAAUUCAUAUGUCCUUUAUACUUUAUUGACUUAUCCAACCAAAAAAACAUACCCGACGAGUAUAUCAUCAGAAUGUAUGAAACGAUGGGGACUAUUGUGGGAGUCUUAAUAGUUUUGAGCUUCAUGUUUCCCACUGUCAACUCCGUUCGUUACAUUACGAUUGAAAAAGAGCGACAGUUAAAAGAAGCAAUGAAAAUAAUGGGAUUAGAAUCGUGGAUGCAUUGGAUCAGUUGGUUCAUACGUAUAAUGGUUUUCAUGAUCAUAGCAAUGGGAAUUAUCGUGGCCUUGUUGAAGUUAUCAUUAUAUGCGGAUUGGUCAGUGCUUUUGGUGUUCCUGUUCGUAUACAGUAUUUCGAUGAUAACGUAUUGCUUCAUGUUAAGUGUAUUCUUUUCCAAAGCAAACAUUGCUACAGUCGUAGCAGGAAUCGUUUGGCUUGCUUUGGUCGUGCCUUUUUCUUUUUCCCUGGAAACAGGCACAUCGAAAGUGUUGUCAUGUAUUUCGUCGAACACUGCAAUUUUGUUUGGAUUUAAAUUGAUUUACAAAUUCGAAGCAGUUCACAAAAAUCAAGGUGUGCACUGGUCCGAUUUUUGGGAGAAGCCAACAUCUUCCGAUAAUCUCUCACUUGGGAUCGUUACGAGUUUUAUAUUGGUUACAUCUCUUCUAUACCUCCUAAUCGCUCUCUACGUCGAAAAAGUUUUUCCCGGCGAAUAUGGUGUGCCUGAAAAGUUUUACUUUCCAUUCACGAAAACAUUCUGGUGCGGCAUGUCAGCUGAUGAAGCAACGGAAAAUGGAACAAAUCAAUUAAAUCCAAACUAUGAAAUCGAUCCGCGGAAUCGUCAUGCAGGAGUGAAAGUGAAAAAUCUACGCAAAGUUUAUGCCAACAAAAAGACAGCCGUUAAUGGCCUAACACUGAAUAUGUUCGACGAUCAAAUUACCGUCCUACUUGGCCAUAAUGGGGCUGGUAAAACCACAGCGAUGUCUAUGUUGACCGGAAUGUUUCCUCCAACAUCAGGAACGGCCACUAUAAAUGGACACGAUAUUCGAACAAACAUACAGAAAGCCAGAAGCUCACUUGGAUACUGUCCUCAACACAAUAUUCUCUUUGACGAGCUAACUGUAAGCGAACAUAUCGAGUUCUUUGGCCGAUUGAAAGGAUUGAGCAAAUCCGAAGUCAAAAAUGAAGUUAAUAAAUAUGUAACACAAUUAGAAUUGGAGCACAAGAGAAACGCCUUAUCACAAUCCUUAUCCGGUGGAAUGAAACGAAAACUUUCCGUUGCCAUUGCUUUGUGUGGUAAUUCAAGAGUAGUGUUCUGCGACGAACCGACCAGUGGCAUGGACCCAACGGCUCGUCGUGCACUUUGGGAUCUGUUACAGAAAGAAAAAAAAGGGCGCACCAUUCUGUUGACCACGCAUUUCAUGGACGAAGCAGAUGUGCUCGGUGAUCGCAUAGCAAUAAUGGCUGAAGGAGAGCUUAAGUGCUACGGAACAUCAUUUUUCCUGAAGAAACGGUUCGGAAGUGGCUAUCGCUUAGUAUGUGUUAAGAGUGACGGCUGUAGGUCAAGUGAUGUGACUAAAGUUUUACACGAAUUCAUUCCCGAGGUUGUGGUUCAUGAGGAUAUUGCCAGUGAACUUGUGUACAUUUUACCCGUUGAACAUGUGAAUCAAUUCAAGAAUGUAUUCGAAGUGUUGGAAGAAAAACAAAACGAGUUGAAACUGAGUAGCUUUGGGGUUUCGAUGACUCCAUUGGAGGAAAUCUUCUUCGCUGUUGCAUCUGAUUCGAUGAUUUUAGACAAAAAUGAUAACAAUCGACAUCACAAUAAUAAUAUAAGCACAUCCGAUCCUGAGUCAUCGGCAGCAGAUACUCCGCUGUUGCGUGGUUUUAGUUUGCAUAUAAAUCAAUGGCACGCCAUGUUUAAAAAGCGAUUCUUUUGCUGGAUGCGAAGUUGGAUUAUGGUCCUGCUUCAGACUAUAGCCCCCGUAUGUACAGUUACAACCAUCAUUCUAUCCAAUCGUUCAGUCGUAAAAGAAUUUGGUGCUUUGAUUGUUAUAGUAUUUUCAAUUGCUGUGGCCUUUGUGAGUUCAUUCUAUAUACUAUUUUACGUGAGAGAACGAUCAUCAAAAUCGAAGCUGUUACAAUUUGUCAGCGGAGUAGACAUUCGUACAUAUUGGAUAUCCUCAUUUCUGUUUGAUUUCAUCACAUAUCUGGUGAUUGUUGCAAUUUCAAUCAUUCCAUUGAUCGUGUUCCGUGAUGAGAUUCUGAAUGAUUUAACACCAUUAAUAGCUGCUCUUCUCACAUUUGGACUCUCAGUAUUCCCGAUGAUAUUUUUGCUGUCGUUUUUGUUUUCGUCACCAAGCAAAGGACUCAUCGUGAUGGUCGUGUUUUCCGUAAUAAUAGAUUUUGUUCUUUGGUUUAUUCAGUACAUACUUGUCCAACGUAAUCUCAGUGAAACAGCAAAAAUACUUGAAUGGAUUUUCCUUGCGUUGCCACAGUAUUCACUACUUCGUUGUGCUGAAUCCUUAGUAUCCAACCAAACUCCAAGUGCCAAUGUUUACGAUUGGAAGGAGCCCGGCAUAGGACGACACUUAACUUAUAUGAGUGUCAGCGGUUUGGUGUAUUUUGCUCUUCUUUUCAUGGUCGAAUUUCGAGUAUUUUCCAAGGCUACGCAAUGCAUUCGUGGAGCUUUCGAAGGAAAGCUACCCAGACAGCCAUCGGCACAGGGAAUUGAUGAUGAUGUCACUGAAGAGAAGAAAAAAGUGGAUGCAAUGUCCACACAAGAUUUACAUGUGAAUAAUUUGGUUUUACGAAAACUGUCCAAGUUUUAUGGAAAAUUCUUGGCCGUCAACCAAAUAUCCGUCGCGGUCAAAAGAGCUGAGUGCUUCGGGCUUCUUGGUGUGAACGGCGCGGGCAAGACAUCUACCUUCAAAAUGUUAACGGGUGACGCGAGUAUUUCGAGUGGUGAAGCGUUCGUGCAAGGCGUUCGAUUGAAAACGAAUAUGAUGCAAGUAAGAAAAAUCAUUGGAUAUUGUCCUCAGUUUGAUGCUUUGCUUGAUGACUUGACUGGUUCGGAAACGCUUGAGAUAUUUGCUUUACUGCGAGGAGUUCGUUGUGAAAACAUAUCAGUGUUGAGUAAUCGUCUGGCAAAUGAAUUGAAUUUCCAAAAGCAUGUUGACAAAAAGGUUCGUGAGCUCUCGGGCGGCAACAAAAGGAAAUUGAGCACGGCUAUUGCAUUAAUUGGCAAUCCGAUGGUCAUUUAUUUCGAUGAACCUACCACGGGCAUGGACCCGGCCGCAAAAAGAAAUCUUUGGUCUUUAGUAUCGAAGGUUCGCAGCUCAGGUAAAUCAAUUGUGCUCACAUCGCACAGCAUGGAAGAAUGCGAAGCGCUUUGUACUCGCCUGGCAAUCAUGGUAAACGGAGAAUUCAAAUGCCUGGGCUCAACGCAACACUUGAAGAACAAAUUCUCCAAAGGUUUUUGGAUCACUAUCAAAAUAAAGGAAAAUAUCGAGACUGAGAUGGAAAAUGACGCGUUGAAAAUCAAGAAUUUCAUUGAUCAGAGCUUCCCUGGAGCAAAUUUGAAUGAGGAAUAUGUUGGUCUCAUGAAAUUUUAUGUGCCACCAUCUGACUUGAGAUGGUCAUCGGUUUUUGGUAUAAUGGAAAAAGCCAAACAAACGAUGCCAAUUGAAGACUAUUCCAUCGGACAAACUUCACUGGAACAAGUGUUUUUGUCACUCACCAAACUGCAACGGGAUCAAAAAGUUACCAAAGUAUAAUUUGGCGAUGACAGAAAGGCAAUGAACACUAAGUAAAAUCGGAGAUAAACUUAUGUUGAAAGAUGUAUCGAACCAUUUUACUAAUUAACUUAUAUAUUUUUUGUAUCAUACUUUUGUUGAAUCUAAAAUGUGACGUUUUGAACCUUAUAAAAGGAAUUAUACUAUUUUAUACGUAAUAUUUAAACGAUAUUUUACACAA